CCUACGACUGAUUCUUCACGACUGACUGGAUUCCUAGUGCGGCGCGCGUGGACCGACGGCUGUUACAAGCUUAAGUGUACGUGCACAUAGCAAGAGGAAGCGAGCUAGUCGUUGCGAUACGUAGCGAUGCGAGACCGAACGCUAGAGAUUGCUGUGCAUAUUGAACGCGUUUGAAAAGGCGGAAUUUUUAUCACUUUCCCACAGUAGUCAGUGAACAGUCGCGAUGGAUACAGCGUUAUUAUUAUUAUUGGAGAAUCCUCUAAUAAAACGACGUUUAGCCAAGAAAAGAAGAUUUUGGACACAUAACAUCAAUCGUUCGAGAGAAAGAUUUGGAGAGUUCUUUCAUUUGUAUAAAAGUUUACAAGAAGACUCCGAAAGGUUUUACAGAUAUUUUCGGAUGAAGGAGAGUACUUUUUCUUAUAUUUUAGAAAAAGUAGAAUGGCGAAUCAAGAAACAAAAUUCAAAUUUCCGAAAAGCCAUCAGUCCUAUUGAAAAGCUAGCAUUAACCUUGAGGUUUUUAGCUACUGGAUUAUCAUAUAGAGCACUCGCAGACUCUUUCAGGAUGGGUUUUUCGACUGUAGCAAGUAUAGUGAAAGAAGUUUGUACCGCAAUAUGGGAGGAACUACAACCAAUUCAUCUUGGGAUACCUUCGGAACAAGAUUUGUUAGAGAUAAGCAGACAUUUUUAUAAGAAGUGGAAUUUUCCAAAUUGUUUUGGGUGCAUAGAUGGAAAACAUAUAAGAAUAAGAUGUCCAUCGAAUACUGGAACAAGUUAUUACAAUUAUAAACAGUAUUUCUCUAUUGUUUUACAAGCAGUAGCCGAUGCUAACUGCCGCUUCAUUUUUAUCGACACAGGUGCCUUCGGUAAACAAUCAGAUGGUGGAAUAUUUCGAGAAAGUGCUUUAUAUCAGCAUUUAGUUACUGGAAAGUUAAAUAUACCAGCAGAUCGUAAUUUACCAAACUCAGAUACAAAGCUACCAUAUGUUUUAUUAGGAGAUGAAGCCUAUCCACUUCUGAAUCAUUUGUUAAAACCAUAUCCACGAAAAAAUUUAGAUGCACAGAAGACAAUUUUCAACUACAGACUUUCAAGAGCACGAAGAGUUGUCGAAUGUGCCUUCGGAAUCCUUGCUGCAAAAUGCCGUAUUUUAACAAAAGCAAUAGAAACAUCUCCAGAAAAUGCCGAAAAAAUUGUUAAUUGCAUUUGUGUGUUGCACAAUAUAAUUAUUGAUAAAGAAGGUAUUGCCCUAAUAGAAGAACCAAAGGAAAGCACAGAUUCAAAGAAAAAUAGGAAAAAUAAUAGUUCUACAGAACAAGCUAGGGAUAUAAGGAAUUGUUUUAUGCAGUAUUUCAAUAAUGAGGGCGCUGUCCCGUUUCAAUAUAAUGUUUUAUGAAUAAAUUAUAUCAUUAUAUGAACAUGUGUUUACUACUUACUUGUUAUUCCACAAGAAGCUGCUAUUUCCUGCCACAUUUUCGAUAUUACAUCACGAUUAUGAUGUAAAUGAUUUGUUUGAUCCCAUAUAGGGGUUCGCAAGAAUAUCUCAUUAAUCAAUUUCUCGAUAUCCACCAUAUUAAAUCCGUCCUCUCCAACGCUCAAAGACAAACUGAUUUGUUUUGGAGCGGAUCGCUCGCCGCGGACUCGUUACGACCUGCUACGGC